CAGCUCGUUCGGCAGCUCCGGGCUGGAGCUUAAAAGAAGGUUGAAGGCAGCAGAAGGACGCCAGAAUGUUAACCCAUUGUGAUCGCUUCAUGCACUGGAUCACCCUCUGGACGCUCUUCAGAGUUCUGAAGUCUCAAGUCAAGUCCUGGAACCUCUUCGCUCAGAUUUUGCUGUGGCACUCCCCUCAAGCCCCCUUGGUGUUACCAAGCCGGACAAGAGUUCCCUUCUGCACCCUCCCUCCCUCUUUAGGUAUUCCUCAGCUGGCAAUUCUCACCGACAUUGAUGAAGCCUGUGGUGACACGGAAAUAAAUCUGAAAAACGUCUACAAGAGCAAGCAUUUAAAGAAAAAAAUGGCUGACUUCAGUUCCAGCGUGGGGAUUCCAAUUAACCGCAUUCUCCCAGUGAAGAACUACAGUGAAGAAAUUGAGCUAAAUCCAGACGAUGACACUCUGAUCCUGAGUGCACUAAAACUGAUGAUUGACUUUGGAAACAACUACGCAGCAAAACUGUAA